AUGCCCAACUACGUUUUCAGCUUGGCCCACUUCUGCGAGAUCCACGGGCCCUCCAUUGUAAUAUGUACUCAGAAAAGCAGCACAGGAACCAAAAACAAGGCAUCGUCCAAGCUCCAGCUGUGUGCUCUGUGUGAGUUGGUGCUUCCCAAUGACGCAGUGAACAUUGUCAGUUCGGUAGACGAGAAGGAAAAAUAUGUUUCUACCCGCUACCCGUCAUCACAGAACCUAUAUACAGCGUACGUGAAGCUUGUGAUGAAGCUGCUAUCGGUGGAAACAUCGGCAGACUCGCUGAAACCGGUCUUCUUUGGUGAUGUGGUGAGUGGGUUUUGUAUGAGCCGAGUGUUUAAGAUUCAGGAUGUCAACUCAAGAGGUGGAGAGAGAAAAUAUGCUCUAAUCAUGGGAUGUGACGAGGAGGUGCAUCUUCUACGAAACUGGGAUGUGGUGACCACAUAUAUGGGUGAAAUUAUUCUGCUCAUACAACGACAGGUGGAGAGAAACUUGGCCCAGGAGGCCGAACAGCUGAACGUAAUGGACAACGAGAGGUAUUUGCGAAGAUCGAAAAUUCGGCCAAAGUCGUUGGUGGAGUUGACCAACGACACGCAGAUAUUUGUUAAAAUCCACCUCUGGGCAAUUGACUUCCUACGAGAUGUGCUUGAUUGA